CCAACCACCCCCCCCAUUUCUCACGCCAUUUGUCCCAUUCUGCCGCUGCCUCUUGCUGGCUUCCUAACUCCGUCUCGACAUGUUGGGCAGGGCAGGAGAGGCAACUGGUCCGUCCAUUCGUUUCGCAGCCGCUUGAGGCCAUUGACCCGUCCCUCGAGUGCAUACCUACUUCGUCAAUCGGCCGACCGACCUUUGCUUCGAGUUGCAUCAGCUGUGGCUUGGCAGAACCAAGCUCGCAGCCGCCGCCCGCACGACACACGGGCAAUCAGUCGGCGCAUGACACCGCCCGCGAUAAUACGCCUCUUUACUUCACGCCAGAGCCGACGAACCGAACCACCCCCCGCCCGAGAGCGUUUGGGGAAAAUCACAAAGGAGGCGUGCUUGAUCAAUUCGCUACCCGAAGUCGCCGAGAGUUAGAGACAGUCCGCGGCAGAACGGGAAGCUCGACAGAAAGAGGGAGCGAGAGAGAGAGAGAGAGAGAGAGAGGGAGAAAAGGAGAGCGGAGGUCGAGCAACCGCCUCGCCUCUUCCCUCCGCACGACCGGUUCUUCUCCAUGCCAGACCGCCCUCUCGCACGGACCGAUGACGGCGACGAAACUUCCUACUCCCGCGAGGCACCUGAUGCCGACCGACCUAGGGACGACGACGAUCACAACGGCAGCCGCCUCAGCCGCAAGGCAUCACCCGCCGGUCUCAAGUCCCGGCCGUCCUCUGCUAGAAGCCGACGUCAGAAUAGUGCCGACUGGAUGCAUCCAAACGGUCACAAUGGGGCUGCGCCAGGCCGCAAGAUGACUUCGGCUGCCCUGUCUCAAGCGGCCCUCGCCAUGGGCAAGCUGGCACCUCCGUCUUCAGCGGGGGCGUCCAGGUUGAAGCCGCGGCGUAGCCCUUGGUCUAUGUCACUGCUCGUCCUCGUUACCGCCACCCUUGGCAUUGCUAUGCUAUCAGCCAUUCUGAAAUCUCUUGUCAGCUACUACGUGGAACCAAAGGGGUGUCGCAUGUCCUAUAUGCGGCCGUCGUACAUUCACUACUCCGACUUCGACACUGAGCACACUCGCUUCGCCACUAAAUACUCCCUCUAUCUGUAUCGCGAACAAGGGAUAGACGAUGAGAUCAAGUUGCGCGGCAUUCCCGUCCUUUUCAUUCCUGGCAAUGCCGGCAGUUACAAGCAGGUCCGUCCGAUCGCGGCCGAGGCGGCCAACUACUUUCACGAUAUUCUGCAGCAGGAUGGUGUAUCGGUCGGAUCCGGCGUCCGCAAGCUCGACUUCUUCACGGUCGACUUCAACGAGGACAUUACCGCCUUUCAUGGGCAGACGCUGCUAGAUCAGGCCGAAUACUUGAACGAGGCGAUCCGCUACAUACUCGCCCUGUACUCUGACCCUCAGCGAUCUGACCGCGAUUCCAAUUUGCCGGAUCCCACGUCAGUCAUUGUCUUGGGCCAUUCAAUGGGUGGCGUCGUGGCUCGUGCCAUGUUGGUACAGCCAAACUAUCAGGCCAAUUCCAUCAAUACCAUCAUCACCAUGUCAGCACCGCACGCUCGCCCCCCCGUCACUUUCGAUGGGCAAAUUGUGCAGAUUUAUGAUGAGAUAAACGAUUACUGGCGCCAUGCCUACGCACAAAAAUGGGCCAACGAUAACCCCCUGUGGCACGUCACACUCGUUUCCAUUGCCGGCGGCAGCCUUGACACGGUGGUGCCGUCAGACUACGCCAGCUUGGAGUCGCUUGUGCCCGACACACACGGCUUCACCGUGUUCACAACGGGCAUCCCCACGGUCUGGACGAGCAUGGAUCACCAGGCAAUCCUCUGGUGCGAUCAAUUCCGAAGAGUGGCUGCGCGCGCCUUGUAUGACAUUGUCGAUGUCGAGCGCGCCUCGCAGACAAAGCCCCGGGCAGACCGCAUGCGCCUACUCAAAAAGCGCCUUCUCCCGGGAAUAGAGGCCGCCACCGAGAGAACCUUGCCAGCCCGGGCAGCGACCACGCUCUUGACCCUGGGGGACGAGGCCAGCCGCAUUGUUCCGGCCGGCUCGCGCCUGGUGGUGCGCAACCUGGGGAGCCAGUCUAGGCGCAUGGCUCACCUGAUUCCAAUCCCGCCGCAGGGCUCCCCGGGCCUCAAGCGCUUUACGCUGUUGACAGAUGCCGCACUGCAUGACGCGGGCAACGACGCACCUCUCGAAGUCCUCCUGUGCAGCGUCUUCGCCUUUCAGCCGAGCCUGGCCAGCCCCCAAUUCUCCAGACACGUCGAUCUCUCCGGUGGGAGCGGCGCGCCUACAAAGCUGGCGUGCAAGAACGCCGCGUCUGACUCGACUCUGGUCCCGGCAUCCACGACGUCAACGGAGCACCCCUUUUUCCUAGAGCGCGAAAAGCCGGUCCAGCCCUUUUCGUAUCUGCAAUAUGGACUGGAGCACCUGUUGGACCACCAAUUCAUCGCCGUCCUCGAUCAAAGCCUGACACCUCGUCAAGAAUUUGUCGUGGCCGAAUUCAGCGACCAGGACGACUUCGGCCGGAAGCAAGGUCUGAGCCUCUCGCAGCUGCUCACUAUCGGCAUGUCGUUGACUCUUCCCGCCAACCGACCCGUGGUCGUCGACGUCAACGUCCCUGCUGCGGUUUCUGCUCUCCUAGCCUUCCAGUUGCGCAUUGAUCAGCCCAGCUGUUCCGCAUCCUCGAGUUUAUUUGCACCCAUGGUGCGGCAGUUCUUGGAGAAACCGUACGAAUCAAAGUACUUUGUCAAUGUCCGUCAAGCCCCCAUCAGCUUCCACGGCAUUGCGCCCUACAUGCUGCCUCCGAUGCAACCAAACGACGUGGUCGGGCUGGGCUUUCAGUUCUGGUCAGACCCCUUGUGCGACUCGCCUCUUCAUAUCCGCCUCACGCUGGACCUCUGGGGCAGUUUGGGCAAACUGUACAUGCGAUACCGGACAGUCUUUGCAGCGUUUCCCCUUCUGGUGGCCACCAUGGUGUUGCGAAAGCAGUUUCGCGUGUACGACGAGACUGGCAUCUUCAUAUCUUUUGCAGAGAGUCUCGACCUGUCUUUGCGGCGCUCUAUACCCCUGCUUUUAUUGUCCCUGACGCUCUUGUCCGUGUCUCUUGGCCGCAGCAACCUCACGCUUGGAAUCGGAUCGGCCUUUGGGCGGGCUGGGCCGGAUCGGCCGGCUGGCUUUGGGCGAAACGAGCUGUUGAUCGGCACAGAAGAUCCCUUGUUUUGCCCCUUGAUCUCGAUCAUUGGCAUCGUCUGCGUUGGUGUUUGCGCAGUCUUGCAUUAUGUCGUGCUUGGACUGACGCGGAUGCUGGGUCUCGUGUACGGUCUCCUCACUGGCGCUGGCGCUGGCGGUGCAAACGGCCCCGACCAUGCCCGACGAACACACUCGCCAGCCGCCAUAUCGUCGACGGCCACCCCGCGCAGGCGAAUGAUCUCGACAGCCAUCUUGCUCUUCUUGGUCUCGACCUUUAUACCGUACCAGUUUGCCUAUCUCGUGGCCUGUCUGGUGCAGCUCUUCACCACCGCCCGAGCGUUUCGCCUCGCAACUACUGCAAGCUCAGCCGCCGAUGCCAACUUCCAUCAUUACGCCCACUCAAUAUUGCUUCUAAUGAUGUGGGUGCUGCCAAUCAACCUCCCCAUCCUCGCAGUCUGGGUACGGAACCUGGCUGUCCACUGGCUCACUCCCUUCUCCUCUCACCACAACGUCCUGUCCAUCAUGCCGUUCAUACUGCUGGUCGAAAAUCUCACCACCGGACGCAUGGUGCCACAGAUUCCGAGCGGGCUUCGUCACGUUACAAGCAUCCUCCUGUUCGGGACAGCAUUGUGCGCCGCAGUGUACGGCGUAUCGCACGCCUACGUCCUGCAUUACCUUGUGAACGUUGUGGCCGCCUGGCUCGUUGUUUUGCACUCCACCUCGGACUCGUGGUCGCUGACGACGCUCGGCGCCAUGUUUGAAGAGGACGCCGGCGACGACAGAAAGGGGCCCAAGGCACCGUGAUGCCCCGGUUUCUUACUGAGCCCUCUGGCUGUCGGCGGCGCGAAAAGGGGAGAUGAGUUCAAGGUGUAAACGGUCAAGGUCCUCCUCACGCCACAUGCGCGCCUGUACGAGACUUCGAGGCGGCAACAUGUGCGAACACACACGGGCGCGCACACCCACGUACAUGCACAUCCAUACUUAUAUUGACAGCAAGCGACGUUAAUUCCUAGCUGGGGCUUAGGGACCUGUGCUUGCUUCCGGCUCUUCGAUAGGCGGAGACGAUAACACUCUCGGCGCCUCUCGGAGAAGGUGGACUGCUUCAGAGUCGCUUUACUUGCAUUCCGUCGGCGUUUGGGCUUCACUCGGUAGGAGCAUUGCAGAAUAGUUCAUUUGGGGUACCUAGGGUAUUGUUCGGUCCUCGAUUCUUUUGAAUAGUCUGGCAGUAGUCUUUCGCCGCUUCGCUAAUGCCGAAGAAGGAGCACGGUAGAGCACAAUGCACGACGUGGGAUCUAAUCAUGGUGCUUGACACCGGGAAAGACAUUAGGGGACGAUUAGGUUCCGCAUUCGGCUGUACAUAUACACGUGAUAAUCGCAAGCGUUGAAGUAAUCGAAUGCGC